UGACUUAGUUGUCACUCAACCAGAAAAGUAAUGAAAUUCCAAAUUCUCAAUUUGUCGAGCUGCUACUCUGCCUCUUCUUUUCUUCAUACAGUCGCAUCAUACAGUUGGUUGCAUCAUUCUCGUUUGUUGUCCACUCGAAAUCGGAUCCCUGCAUAUCCCUCCCCACGCCUCGGCUGGCUAUCUGGCUAUCUGGCUAAGAUGCACGAUUGGUCCGCGUGCGGACUAUGAGCCAGCAGCUGCAUUCACAGUUCCACUUCAACAACAAGGAAGACUACAACACCAUCCUCGACAGCAUGAGCCGGGACUUCAAUGAGCGCUGGAACAAGCAAACGCAGUCCCCGUACACCAAUCUCGAGAACUAUGUGCAGCGAGCGGUUCUCGGGAACGGCAGCUUUGGCACUGUGCUGCUGGUCAGAGAGAAGACGGGCAAGAACUACUAUGCGGCCAAGAUGAUGAGCAAGGAGGAUCUGGUGCGCCUCAAGCAGGUCAAUCACGUCCACAACGAGAAGACGGUGCUGAGUGCCGCCCGCUUUCCCUUCCUCGUCCACCUGAUCGACUCGUCCAAGGACUUUGACUACCUUUACCUCGUCCUGCCCUUCGUCAACGGCGGCGAGCUCUUCUCCUACCACCGCAAAGUGCGGAAAUUCAACGAGAAGCAGAGCCGCUUCUACGCCUCGCAGGUGGUGCUGGCCCUCGAGUACAUGCACCGCAUGAAUCUCAUGUACCGCGACCUCAAGCCCGAGAACAUCCUGCUGGACGUCAAGGGAUACAUCAAGCUCACAGACUUUGGCUUCACGAAGCGCGUGGAGGGACGCACCACCACGCUGUGUGGCACGCCCGAGUACCUUGCCCCAGAGAUCAUACAGCUGAAGCCGUACAACAAAUGCGUCGACUGGUGGGCCUUUGGUAUUCUGCUCUUUGAGUUUGUCUCCGGCCGCUCCCCCUUUGCCGCCCACAAUCGCGACGUCAUCCUGAUGUACUCGAAGAUCUGCCUGGGGGAGUAUCGGAUACCCAAUUACUUUACGGCCCACCUCAAGAACAUGGUCGAGGGGCUGAUGCAGGUGGACACGUCCAAGCGGAAACUCAACGGAGGGUGCGGCGGACAUCAAGACCCAUCCGUGGUUCCAGGGCGUCGACUGGUUCGCGGUGCUCAACCAGGAGGUGCCGCCGCCCUAUGUGCCCACCGUCUCCAGCAUCGAGGAUCUCUCGCACUUCGAUCACUUCGAGGCCAAGGCCAAGCUCAAGUCCCGGAUCAAUCGCCAUCCCGAGCUGUUCAUGGAUUUCUAGGAUCCGUUGUGGAUGUUCCUUUUGUUGUCAAAUUUUAUCAUGUUUGAGAUUCGUUUUUCCCAUUUUUUUUUCGAAUAUAAAUCAGUUCCGAUCCGGAGUCGAUUCGUCGUUCUUUUUGCCUUUUCGAAAUUCCAAAUU